UGUGCAUGUACUCCGGUCGCCUGCGCAGGUCACGUCAGUUGUCAUUCAUAACGUUGUCGCCGUCGGUUGUUGCCGCAUCGUGUAGUGAUAAUGUGAUAUCGUAUUGGCACGUGUAUAAAAAUUUCAUUACGCAAAAAUGGCACCAACAGAUUCUACUAAAAAAGUCCUUGAAGAUUUUAUUGAAAUAUAUAAAAUGAAUCCAUGCCUUUGGCAAGUCAAAAACAAAGAGUACCAUGAUCGAGACAAAAAAGAAGCUGCUUAUAAAUUGCUUAUAGAAAAACUCAGAGAAAUUGAGCCGGAUGCGAACAAAUCAGUAGUUGUGCGAAAAAUUAAUAAUUUAAGAAGCAAUGUCAGAAAGGAAAAAAAGAGAUAUGAACAAUCUGUAAAGUCUGGGGCAUCUGCUGAUGAAGUGUAUCAUGUAAAAUUGUGGUACUACGAUUUAUUUGAUUUCCUACAUGAUCAAUGCACUCCCAGGGAAUCUUCAUCCAACUUGGAUAGUGACGAAGAUAGUUGUGAGGUUGUUGAAUAG